GGCGCAAACUCUCUCUCUCUCUCUCUGUCCGUGUUUCUCUUUCUCUCUCUUAAAAUUCCAUUUUCAUAUCCCCAUUUUUCUCUGUUUGAAAUUUGAAAUAAGCAUUGUAGAGAGUGAAGGGAGAUAUUUUUAUUUUUUUAUUUUUUAUAUUUCUUCUUCUUCUUCUUCUUCUUCUAGUUUUUGAUUUAUUAUCUUUAUUUUUGUUGUUGUUGGUUGCUAUAAGGGGUAGCUGAAAAACUUGGGUAGAUAGAAAAAAAAGAAAACAAAGUUGUGGUUUUUGUGCUCCACCGCUUCCUUCACUCCUACAGUCUUUUUUUUUUUUUUUUUUUUCAGUGUGUUUUCAGCGGUUUACACGGCGCGAGGUAGCCGGUUUACUAUCUUGAAAAACGUACUUUUUUUUUUUUCCUCUUCUGGGUACUGGUUUUAAUUUGUAAAUAACUUUUUUUUUUUUUUUUAUUGGGAUUGUUGUUGGGUUUUCUCUGUUUGUUUCCAAUGGUAGAGUUCUAGUAGGAGAGGAUCAUGAGGGGAGCUGUACCUUUACUAGUUGCCUAUAUAUAAAUGGGAUUUGUGGGUUAAUGGAAGAUGGCUGUGAAGCACUGUUGCUCAGUGUUUUUCUCUGCAUGUGUGGGGGGAUGAAGAUAAGAUCUAAAGUUGGGAUUAUUUGAAAAUCUUUGGAUUUUUGGCUACAUGGUCUUAGUGUGUCUCUUCAGGAAAUGAGAAUUGAAGUUUUUAGUGGUUUUACAAUUAUAGUUGACACAAAUUUGCUGCAAAACUUUAUUAUGUUAAUGGGGUUUGAAAGAUUCGAACUUUACUCUGAUUAAAUGGAUUGAGGAAAAGCAAUCCUCUGAUGCAAUGUUGUUACAAACAUUAGCAUCUGGGCUAUUGAUAUCUUCCCUUUUGAUAUCUGUUGCUUCUGCUGAUAAUGGAUUUCCUCGAUGCAACUGUGACGACGAAGGUAGCUUGUGGACCAUUGAGAGCAUCCUAGAAUGCCAGAGGGUUAGCGAUUUCUUAAUCGCUGUGGCCUAUUUCUCGAUCCCCAUUGAGCUGCUUUACUUUGUUAGCUGCUCAAACAUACCAUUCAAAUGGGUCCUUUUUCAGUUCAUUGCUUUCAUUGUGCUAUGUGGGCUAACUCAUUUGCUCAAUGGGUGGACCUAUGGACCUCACCCAUUUCAGCUAAUGCUGGCUCUCACCGUUUUCAAAAUCCUCACCGCACUGGUUUCUUGUGCCACUGCCAUAACCCUCAUCACUCUGAUCCCUUUGCUUCUCAAAGUGAAGGUGAGAGAAUUCAUGUUGAAGAAGAAGACUCGGGACCUCGGACGCGAGGUCGGGAUGAUAAUGAAGCAGAAAGAGGCUGGAUGGCAUGUUAGGAUGCUUACACGGGAGAUUCGGAAAUCGCUUGAUAGGCAUACCAUAUUGUACACUACCCUUUUCGAGCUAUCGGAGACAUUGGGUUUGCAGUAUUGUGCGGUUUGGAUGCCUAAUGAGAAUAAGUCAGAGAUGAUCCUGACUCAUGAAUUGAAGGGUAGGAAUUUUUCGAAUUUGUAUGAUAUCUCUAUACCUAUUAGUGAACCAGAUGUUGUUAGGGUCAAAGGGAGUGAUGAAGUGAAUAUUCUGACGCCUGAUUCAGCACUUGUUCCUCCAAGUUGUAGAGAGUUUGGUGAGCCAGGUCCGGUAGCUGGUAUUCGUAUGCCAAUGCUUCGGGUUUGCAAUUUCAAAGGGGGAACUCCUGAGGUUAUCCAGGCUUGUUAUAAUUCAAUAUUGGUUUUGGUCCUCCCGGGUGGACAGCCUAGAACUUGGAGUUGUCAGGAGCUUGAGAUCAUUAAGGUGGUUGCUGAUCAGGUAGCUGUGGCUCUUUCCCAUGCUGCACUUCUUGAAGAGUCCCAGCUUAUGAGGGAGAAACUGGUUGAGCAGAAUCGAGCCUUGCAUCAGGCGCAAAUGAAUGCUAUGUUGGCUAGCCAGGCAAGAAAUUCAUUCCAGAAGGUAAUGAGUAACGGGAUGAGGAGGCCAAUGCACUCAAUUCUGGGUUUGCUUUCGAUGAUGCAGGAUGAAAAUUUGAGCAAUGAGCAACAAGUUCUUGUUGAUACAAUGGUGAGGACUAGCAGUGUCGUAACGACCUUGGUAGAUGAUAUGAUGGAUAAUUCAACAAAGGAUAAUGGAAGAUUUCCAUUGGAGAUGCGAUCUUUUCAUUUACAUUCCAUGAUAAAGGAAGCAGCUUGCCUUGCCAAGUGCCUAUGUUUGUAUAGGGGUUUUGAUUUUGCAGUUGAGGUCGAUAAAUCCUUGCCUGAUAAUGUUAUGGGAGAUGAGAGAAGGAUUUUUCAGGUGAUUUUGCAUAUGGUUGGUAACCUGUUAAAAGGCAAGAAGGACGGAGGGACUGUCAUCCUUAGGAUAUUUUCGGAGACUGGUAGUCAGGGAAGGAAUGAUCAAAGAUGGGCAAAUUGGAGACAAUCCUCUGAUGGGGAGGUAUAUAUCAGAUUUGAGAUAACGAUCAGUGAUAGUGGUUCUCAAUCAGAGGGCGCCAUUUCAACUACAACGCAUCCUGCUGGUAGGAGAUACACCAGUGAUGGAAUUGAGGAGGGCUUGAGCUUCAGCAUUUGCAAAAAACUUGUUCAGAUGAUGCAAGGUAACAUUUGGGUGGUCCCAAAUUCUCAAGGAUUUGCUCAAAGCAUGGCUCUAGUUCUUCGGCUUCAACGUCGGCCAUCCAUUGCACUGACCAUCUCUGAGGAUUUAUCAGAACAUCCAAAUUCCAACUCUCUUUUCAGAAGCUUGCAAGUUAUAUUAGCCGAUGAUGAUGAUGUGAACAGGGCCGUAACCAAGAAACUGCUUGAGAAACUGGGAUGCAUUGUAACUGCUCUUUCUUCUGGGUUUGAAUGCCUUGCUGCUAUUGGCCCAGCUGGAUCCAACAUCCAAAUUGUUCUUCUGGAUCUUCACCUCCCUGAUUUGGAUGGUUUUGAGGUUGCAAUGAGAAUUCGAAAGUUCAGAAGCCAUAGUUGGCCCUUGAUCAUUGCGUUAACAGCUAGUGCUGACGAAGAUAUGUGGGAAAGAUGUCGGCAGAUUGGAAUUAAUGGAGUAAUCCGGAAGCCGGUUGUGUUGCAAGGAAUUGCAAACGAGUUACAAAGGGUCAUGCUGCAGGCAAACAAAGUUGUGUGAAGGCACAGGUUGUUGUACAUUGUAGAACUCAGCAAGCAGCAAGAAUUCUUUCAUACCCAUUUCCGGGGAGUCUAUAGAACUAGAACAAGUCUACAUUUGGCGCUUUCAAUCCCCCACCAAGUUUCCAUCCUUGAGAAAUGUUACACACAAGGAAGUCAGCAUGGUAUACAAAGCUAACUCCUUUUUUUCUUUCAUGUGUUUGAGCUUUGUUAUCUUUAAUUGCAUAGAUAGUUUCAAAUUCAAUACAGUAAUCAAAAGCCUCUUCAACA